AAUUCGUGCUAUUCACGGUCCUCCACUCUCGAGCACACACAAUCCUCACAGUCGCAGUCACAGCGUCAAGGAAUCAUCGCCAAGUCCUUCGUCCUCUCGAUAGCUACGUGUUCGCGUCGUUCGUGUCGUCCGUUUUGUUUGUCGUUUUUGUGCUCUAACCCCAACAUGAAGUAUUUCAUUGCCAUCGCUCUGUUGUUCGCCGCCGCCCAGGCCGUUCCCAUCGAGCUGGGCCACUAUGGCCCCGCGCUGGUGCAUCAUGCGCCCGUGCUGACCCACGCUGUUCAUGCCGUUCACGCCGAGCCGGUGGCCUAUCCCAAAUACUCCUUCAACUAUGGCAUCAAGGAUCCCCACACUGGCGACAUCAAGUCGCAGGCCGAGGAGCGCGAUGGCGAUGUGGUGAAGGGCCAGUACUCCCUGGUUGAGCCCGAUGGCUCUGUGCGCACCGUCGACUACACCGCCGACGAUCACAAUGGCUUCAAUGCCGUCGUCCAUAAGACCGCACCCAAGAUCCUUCACCAUGCGCCCGUUGUGCACGCCCCCAUCCUGGCGCACGCCCCUCUGCUGCACCACUACUAAGCGGUAGCUGGAUCCCGUCGCACAGGUGCUCUAUCUCACAUCCAUACGCAAAACACACACAAAAACAAGCAGCAACCACAGCACAGAAUCAUAGGAACCACAAGAAAACGAAAAGAAAAACCACAAAAAAAAAAACAAAAACAAAAAACAAAAACAAACAAACAAAUCAACACACAAAAAUGUAAAAAGUAAGUGUAGCUAAGAGUUUAGUAGAACACGGGAGCGCCUUCGUGGGCGAUCCCGGCACCCGGCUGAUCCUGGCAUGGCAUGGACGAAGGAUAAAAACGAUACCCAGAUGAGGGCAAACACCGAGAAGAAAUUUCAUAACGACUUGGCAUUCGGAAUGACUUGAUCACAGAUCACAGAAGAGGUACACAAAUGAUGAUGGAUGAUGGAUAACAAUCAUUUUUACGCGGCGCAGAACGGCAGCACUCCACACACAAAUGGAGGAUCGGUUAUCUUAUAUAUGCUACAUAAUACUUAUAUAUAUAUAUGAUUAACGUUA